AUGGCCUCCAAAUGUCCAGUUGACCACAGCGAGUCUCAAGAAUCUUGUCCAGUUGACCAUAGCUCUCAGUCUUCCAGCACUUGGACACGGUUCUUUUCCACCACAAACAAAUAUUCUGAUCAUAAUUUAUCCUCAGAACGCGAAGUAUCUACGAUACCCAAAGCCAGCGAUGGCAAUUGGGUAUACCCUUCCGAAGCGCAAUUCUUUGCGGCAAUGGCGCGUAAAAAUCAUAAUCCUCAGGUAGCGGAUAUGAAGACCAUUGUACCGAUACAUAACGCCGUCAAUGAGCGAGCUUGGUUUGAGGUUAUGAAGUGGGAGUCCGGCAGAGGCGGGGAGGCUUGUGGAGGAGUCAAACUCGUGAAUUUCAAAGGUAGACCUAAUGACAAAAGCCCACGGGCCAGAUGGAAAAUGUUCCUUGGGUAUGCCGCCCCUUUCGAUAGACACGAUUGGGUUGUCGACCGUUGCGGUUUGCAGAUGAGAUACAUUAUCGACUUCUACACUGGCCGCACGGAUCCUGCCACAAAAAAUGUCUCAUUUUACCUCGAUGUACGACCAGCCUUGGAUAACUGGGAAGCAGUCAAGAUGAGAGUUGAAACUUUCUGCAGAAAAUGGCUAGGGUCUAGUACGACCCAAUCAUGA